AUGUCAGCACGCGCUCCUACAACUCUUCAGAUUACUAAUGGUCACCAAGGCCGGACAGAUGCACCUGUGCUAAAGAGCAAGGAUUUUCAACUGACAGCUGAGGAGGCUCGUGCAGCUCCCGACGUGGUGACAGGAUCGUUCCUAGUGAGCGGUAUUUCUGCAUUUGUAUUGUUUGAUUCAGGGGCUAGCCGGUCCUUUGUGUCGCUUGCACUUAGAAAGAGGUUUGUUGGAGCUCCGAGGGAGCUGGAUUGUCCGUUAGAUGUCGAGAUUGCAGAUGAUCGAUAUGUUCGGGUUGUAAGGGUUCAUCGGGGUUGUACUCUUCAUUUAUCCAGCGAGCAGUAUCCGGCCGAUUUGGUUCUCAUUCCUUUGCGUGGGAACAAGGUUAUUGUGGGUAUGGAUUGGUUGAACCCUAAUGGGGUAGUGAUCGAUUGUGAGCAGUAG